GGCGCCGCCGUACGUCCCCCUUCGGCGUCGCCAGCCGCCUCCUGGCUCCGGCUCCUUCAUCGCCUGCUCCAGCGUGCCUGCGUGACAUAAGCGUCGAUUGAUUGGCGAGAAAGGGGACGAAUGCAGCCGCCGUUGCAGGCGCAGGGAGCAAUGGCUAACGUCGCCGCUAUCCUCACCGUCCCCUGCUCCGCGGGCCGCCGCCCGAAGCGGAGCAGCCAGCCCCGCGGAUGCGGCUCCGUCUCCGUCUCCGUCUCCGUCCGUGCGUCCUCCGGCGCAAACACGGUGACUCUGCUGGACUACGGCGCGGGGAACGUACGCAGCGUGCGCAACGCAAUUCGCUACCUCGGCUUCGACAUCCGCGACGUGCAGAGCCCGGAGGACAUCGUCGCCGCGGAACGGCUCGUCUUUCCCGGUGUCGGCGCCUUCGGCUCCGCCAUGGACGUCCUCAACAGGACGGGCAUGGCCAACGCACUCCGUGAGUACAUCCAAAGGGACCGCCCCUUCCUAGGCAUCUGCCUCGGUCUCCAGCUGCUCUUCGAUUCCAGCGAGGAGAACGGCCCGGUGAGCGGCCUCGGUGUGAUACCAGGCGUGGUCAGGCGAUUCGACUCCUCAAAUGGCCUCAUAGUUCCACAUAUUGGCUGGAACGCUCUCCAGAUCACCAAGGACACACCACUGUUGCAGGGAGCUGAUGGCCAGCAUGUGUACUUUGUUCACUCCUACCGCGUACUGCCUUCAGAUGCUAAUAGAAACUGGAUUUCCUCCAUAUGCAACUAUGGUGACAGCUUUAUAUCCUCCAUCUCAAUGGGCAACAUUCAGGCAGUUCAAUUUCACCCAGAAAAGAGUGGAGCUACCGGACUUUCUAUUCUAAAAGAAUUUCUCAGACCUAACUCUCUUGGGACCAAGGUCCCAGCACGUAGGAAAGCAUCAAAACUUGCGAAGAGAGUGAUAGCAUGCCUUGAUGUUCGUUCAAAUGAUAAAGGAGAUCUUGUGGUAACAAAAGGCGAUCAAUAUGAUGUAAGAGAUCAUACUAGCAGCAAAGAGGUAAGAAACCUUGGCAAGCCAGUCGAUUUAGCAAGCCAGUACUACAUAGACGGUGCUGAUGAGGUCAGCUUCUUGAAUAUAACUGGUUUCCGUGACUUUCCAUUGGGUGAUUUGCCAAUGCUAGAGGUACUGCGUUGUGCCUCUGAAAAGGUUUUUGUGCCACUUACAGUUGGUGGGGGCAUACGAGACUUCACAGAUGCAAAUGGAAGAUACUACUCAAGUUUGGAGGUAGCAUCAGAAUAUUUCAGGUCCGGUGCUGACAAAAUUUCAAUUGGAAGUGAUGCUGUUUAUGCUGCUGAAGCCUUUUUACAGACUGGUGUAAAGACAGGGAAAAGCAGCUUGGAGCAAAUCUCUAGAGUAUAUGGCAAUCAGGCUGUAGUUGUCAGUAUUGAUCCUCGACGGGUAUAUGUCAAAAGUCAAGAAGAUGUGCCAUUUAAAACUGUAAAGGUGUCCACUAAAGGUCCAUCGGGAGAAGAAUAUGCAUGGUACCAGUGCACAGUGAAUGGUGGACGUGAUAGCCGAGCUAUAGGAGCAUAUGAACUAGCGAAAGCUGUGGAAGAAUUGGGCGCAGGAGAAAUACUUCUUAACUGCAUUGAUUGUGAUGGCCAAGGUUGUGGAUUUGACAUAGAUUUGGUUAAAAUGGUUUCUGAUGCUGUGACAAUCCCUGUCAUUGCGAGCAGUGGUGCUGGAGCUGUUCAACAUUUUUCUGAAAUUUUUGAGAAAACAAAUGCUUCUGCUGCCCUUGCUGCUGGCAUUUUCCACCGGAAAGAGGUUCCUAUACUAGCAGUGAAAGAGCAUCUGGUCAAUGCUGGUGUGGAGGUCAGGGUGUAACAGGGAGAUCCUUCGGUUUAUUGAAAUAUUCUUGUUUGAUGUCACAACUGCUAUCAGUUCUGUUUCUCUGAUGUCGCAACUGCUAUCAGAUCUGUUGGUGGCAGCUGGCAGUGCAUAGGCCCCUGUCGAGAACUGCAGUUUGGUAAUAAAUUAAUAAUGUGAUGCUUAACAGAUUAAGCAUCCGCUUCUUUU